UCGAUGGGGCAGGACUGGGCGGACUGAGCCAAGCGGAGGCGAGCCGGCUGCUGCCUGUCUCUGCGCGCGGGGGCGCCUGAGCGCUUGUCCCCCGGGCUACGGCAUAGGCUCUGUGCGGGCGGUGUGUACCCGCUGGCGGGGCAGGGUUCCGCGGUGCGUCGGUCCGUGGAGGGGGGAACGAGUGACCUGGAUGAAUAAUCGGUGCUUUCGCUAUAUAGCCUUGCAGUGCACUCCACCGGCCUGGGGAAGCAGCGACAGAGGCCUCGGCAGCUCAGUGGAAAGAAGGGAACUGGAUAGAACACAAAUUAUGAAGGUGUUAGUCAUUGGACUUGGCGGAGUGACAAAUGGGGGGAAAACAACACUGGCAAAACGACUUAGGAAACAGCUUCCAAACUGCAGUAUACUCGCUCAAGAUGACUUCUUUAAGCCAGAAUCGGAAGUAGAGAUAGAUGAACAUGGAUUUAAGCAAUAUGAUGUACUUGAUGCCCUUUAUAUGGAGGAAAUGGUGACAAGCAUACGCUCAUGGAUGAAAAACCCAACAGGCUCUUCUGUCUCAACAGCAGAAUCAAAGAGUACACCUGUCAAUCUGAGAAGUACAGAAGAAGUUCACAUUUUGAUAGCUGAAGGUUUUCUUCUGUAUAACUAUGAGCCUCUUAAUGAAGUAUGGGAUAGAAGAUAUUUUCUGACCAUUCCAUAUGAAGAAUGCAAGAGGAGAAGGAGUACCAGAGUUUAUCAACCGGCAGAUCAACCAGGAUACUUCGAUGGACAUGUAUGGCCUAUGUAUCUGAAACAUAAAAGGGAAAUGGAAGAAAAUACAAAUAAUAUCGUUUAUUUGGAUGGAACAAAAUCUGAGGAAGACCUCUUUUCAUAUGUUUAUAAUGAUAUAAUGCGGGAGCUAGAAGCAUGGAAAAAAACUAAUAUGCAUGAGCAAGUGAACAGAACUGAGAGACAGUUUAGAUCCCUCCCAGCUAAUCAACAAAACCUACUUCCUCAAUUUCUUCUUCAUCUGGACAAGAUUCGGAAAUGCAUUGAUCAUAAUCAAGAGAUCUUGCAGACCAUUGUGAACGAGUGCAAACAUAUGUUUGAAAAUAAAGAAUAUGGAGAAGAUGAAAAUGGGAAGAUUGUGCCAGCCUCAACGUUUGACAUGGAUAAAUUAAAGUCCACUUUGAAACAGUUUGUAAGAGACUGGAGUGAAACGGGGAAACCUGAGAGAGAUUCCUGCUACCAGCCAAUCAUUAAUGAAAUUGUAAAGAACUUUCCAAAAGAGAGAUGGGAUCUCUCCAAAGUUAAUAUCCUGGUACCUGGUGCUGGGCUAGGUAGAUUGGCCUGGGAAAUAGCUAUGCUCGGUUAUGCUUGCCAAGGAAAUGAAUGGAGCCUCUUUAUGCUCUUUUCUUCUAAUUUUGUACUCAACAGCACCCAGGAACCUCGUUAUGGACCAGGACACCACUGUGAUAGCAUUGUACAACCAGAACAGAAAAAUGGCCCUUGCCCCAAAGAGUUUAUCGUAUGCUCUGAAAUUAACUCUCAUAAACUUUAUCCCUGGAUUCAUCAGUUUAGCAAUAACAGGAGAUCUGCUGAUCAGAUACGACCAGUUUAUUUCCCUGAUGUUGACCCCCACAGUCUUCCUUCUGGUGCAAACUUUUCUAUGACAGCAGGGGAUUUUCAAGAAAUUUACUCAGAGUGCAAUAUGUGGGACUGCAUAGCUACCUGCUUCUUCAUAGACACAGCGCAUAAUGUCAUUGAUUACAUUGACACAAUAUGGAAAAUUCUCAAACCAGGAGGAAUAUGGAUAAAUUUAGGUCCUCUCCUUUACCACUUUGAAAACUUGGCAAAUGAACUUUCUAUAGAAUUGAGUUAUGAGGAUAUAAAAAAUGUUAUAUUACAGUACGGAUUCCAUCUAGAGGUGGAGAAAGAAUCUGUAUUGUCUACAUACACUGUGAAUGAACUAUCCAUGAUGAAAUACUACUAUGAAUGUGCAUUGUUUGUGGUUAGGAAACCAGAGUUGCAGUGUUUCAAAUAGAUUCUUCAGAAAAAAUGCUGGAGAUAAUGCUAAAAUUUAUAACACACAAUGGACUAGGUAAUGACUGGAUACAACCUCAAAUCAGUGGUGCCUUGUUUAUUCUUAACAGGAAUUUGAGAGUGUCUAUUUUCUUAAUACCUGUAUUGCUAUCCAGAUAUAUUCUGUGCCAUGCAUAUUUGUACCUUAUUAGUGAAUAUGGAAGAAAAUAUACACAUACACAGCCCUCAUUCAUCAGAGUGCAUACAAACAUCCCAUUUUCACAAGUAUAAAACUCCUGUUUUAAUGUCUGCCAUGAGGUUGUCCUGAUAAAAAUGGUUUAAUAAUUAUUCAGCAGUACUGAAAUCCAAAAUAAUUUCCCUUUUAUCUGCAGCUGUUUGUAACAUGCACAAUAUACAGCUCUCAAGAUCUGUUGGAAAGGAUGUACAAUUCUAUGUUUGAUAUCAGAACUGGGACUGUUGUUUUCACUUUCGAUCUGAGGCUUAAAACAAAAUAUGUUUGUGUAUUCUGCCUCAGUUUUUAAACAAAAUUCUAAUUGUUUUCAUUUUUCCUUGUGGCUUUGUGAAUGUUUAGAGGUAUAAUACAAGCUCAGCCACAGUUUAGAGAAGAAUUUCUUAUCAAUUUAAAAAAAUAGAAUAUUUACAAAAUCUGAAAUUUUUGAACAGUUCUAAAAUGUUUCUUGAAAGCUGCAUUCAUUGUGACUUAGCGCUCCCAGGACCAUUUUCUGUAGGACUGAAAAUAGAAACAAAAGAUAAAAUGUUUUAGAAACUCUAAAUUAUAAUUUUCUGGCCAUGCUAAGCUUAGCAAUCUAUUCUAAUAGUUUGUUGGCUUUGGUAAUUUGAAUAUUGAUAUAUGAAAUCAUAGUAUGGAGUGAAACAAAGCAUCAUGACACAAAGGAGCAGGAGUAAAUUAACCUUCGUCUGCUAAUUCAGGAACUGCACUCUCACUUUGCCCAUUUGAAGUUUAUCAGUGUAACUUAUCUGUUGCUUAAAUAAAGUGUUUGAAGCAUU